AUGGGCGCCGCCGGCUCCUCGGCUCUGGCCCGCCCGGGCCUCCCCGCGCCGCCCGGGCCCCGCUGGCUGGGGGUGGCCGCCCUGGGACUGGCCGCGGUGGCGCUGGGAGCCGUCACCUGGCGCCGCGCGCGGCCCGGUCGGCGCCGGCGGCUGCAGCAGGUGGGCACGGUGAGCGAGCUGUGGAUCUACCCGGUCAAGUCCUGCAAGGGGGUGUCGGUGGACGCGGCCGAGUGCACGGCCUUGGGGCUGCGCAGCGGCCACCUGCGGGACAGGUUUUGGCUUGUGAUCAACAAAGAGGGGAACAUGGUCACAGCGCGACAGGAGCCCCGCCUGGUCCUGAUCUCCCUGACCUGUGAGGGUGACGCGCUGACCCUCAGUGCGGCCUACACCAAGGACCUGCAGCUGCCCAUCAAGACGCCCACCACAAAUGUGGUGCGCAAGUGCAGAGUGCACGGCUUGGAGAUCGAGGGCAGAGACUGUGGCGAGGCCGCGGCCCAGUGGAUAACAGACUUCCUGAAGACGCAGCCCUACCGCCUGGUGCACUUUGAAACCCACAUGCAACCGAGAAAUUCUCACCAAGUGGAAGACGCAUUCCGACCCACGGACCAGAUCCCGUACUCAGAUGCCAGUCCCUUCUUGAUCCUUUCCGAGGCAUCGUUGGCAGAUCUCAACUCCAGGCUAGAGAAGAAAGUUAAAACAGCUAACUUCAGGCCCAAUAUCGUAAUUUCAGGCUGUGGUGUCUAUGCAGAGGACUCAUGGAAUGAGCUUCUUAUUGGUGACGUGGAACUGAAAAGGGUGAUGGCUUGCUCCAGGUGCAUUUUAACCACAGUGGACCCGGAUACCGGCGUCAUGAGCAGGAAGGAGCCCCUGGAGACCCUGAAGAGUUAUCGCCUGUGUGACCCUUCUGAACGAAAGUUAUAUGGAAAGUCACCUCUCUUUGGACAGUAUUUUGUUCUGGAAAACCCAGGGACCAUCCACGUGGGAGACCCUGUGUACCUGCUCGGCCAGGAAUAG